AUUUCCAGAAAUUUGUGAAUUGUGAAAAAAAGCUGAAAAUAAUUGAAAAGUAAAACUAAUUUCGCGAAAACCAGUGAACGAUUAGUGUAGAAUGAUGCCGGAUAUCGUCGAGGAUCACGUUGCUGUGGAGGAUGGAAAGGAUAAGAGCAAGGGGCGCAUGAACUUGAAGGUUAUGGCCGUUGACUUGGACACAACUGGACGUCGCCUCUGCGACAAGAUAUUCCAGUUGGCCGUAUUCUCGCCAUUCGGGCGCUACGAGCAGUACAUGAUGCCGGCCAUAAAUCUGAACUCGGCUGCGCGUCUGCGCCAUCAGGUGCGUGUGACUCGCCUCAAGGGGCGCCGUGUGCUCAAGACAAUGCUAACCAAUAAGAUCAUCAAAACGGAGUCUGAGCAGUCGGGCUUCCGUAAGUUUGUCGAAUGGCUGCAGGAGCAGAGCGCCCUCACAUCGGGCAUUGUGAUUGUCUAUCACGAGGAGCGCAAGUUCAUACCACUGAUGAUAUUGCAGUCGGUUAUCAAGUUCAAUUUGCUGAAAGAGUUCGGCAAGAUGGUCAUCGGCUUUGUCAAUACCAACGAGAUAGCCAAGUCAAUGCUCAGUGGCAAGGCUCGCUCAUACCUGAGCGUGCGCGGCCUGCUGGCCGUCCUGGCCAGGGAGAAGGGCGAGGAGGUUUACACCAAGGAGUUCACUGGCAGCGCCAGUGUUCGCGCCAAGCUGGUGUUCAAUGUGGCCGCCGAGCUGUGCGACCGUGAGCCGACCAUCACCCAUCUGUUUGCUGUCUUGAAGCCCCAUCUGGAGACGAUUGACUCGCUGGUCUUGGAAUUGGACCAGGGAUAUGCAACACUGAAGCGUCAGAACUCGUUUCGUCCGUUGUUCGUGAACUACUUCAAGACCACGGUGCAGCGUGUUCGCGCCGUCAAGUUUCGCAUUGCGCUCGCCGAAAAUGGUCUCGAUUUGACCAUCUUGAGCGACAUCUGGAAGGACUUGCGCAUCCAGGGACUCAUCACCACACUGGAGCCCAUCGGCCGACUAACCGACAGCGAGAAGACCGAGCUGGUGGCCGUCUUGGACAGCUACUUCGAUCCCAACAAGAUCGCCCUCAAGCCGAAGCCCAGGGAGCAGGCCAGCUCUCGCCGUCGUCGCGCUCACAACAAUUCAAAGGCCUCGCCAGCCGCCGCCGAUGCCGCCGCUGAUGCCGAUGCCGACAAUCAGCUGGACGAGGUCCCACCCUCGCCCUACACCUCGACACCCAAGGGACAGGCACCGAGUGCCGAAAAUAACAAUAAUCAAAUCAACACUAACAAUGACAAUGACACCAACAAUGAGAACACAAUUGACUCUAACACUGACAAUGACGAAAAUCCGCAGCGUCGCACUCCGCGUCGCAUAAUGCUGUCGCCUGACAAAGUGUCCCAGGAUGGGGCCGUAGCCAUAGGACAGCCUCUACAGGAGAACAACCAAAUAUCAUCAGCAAAUAAUUAAGCUCCUUGACGGGACUUCAAAAUUCAAGUUUAAAUUAAAAUUUCAAUAUGCAACAGAAACGGAAACAACAAUCAACAAAAACACUUGAAUAAGUUUCAAGCAAUUCAAAAAACAAAACAAAAAAAAGAGGAGAAAAACAUGUUUUAAAAACGAAUUCUGAUGAAUUUUCAGAUAAAUCACUGCUGGAAGAGGGGCAACAUCAUCAAAUCUGUUCGUGUUAUAAAUUUAUGACUUUUGAUUGACUUUUGUUCAAGAAACACAAAUUGCC